AAAGUUGACCAAAAUGAAAUAUAGAAUGAAGCAGAUAUAUUAUAAAAUCAUCAUAUACGUUUGUUUUAUGAUUAUCAUACAUAUAUAUAUUACAAUUUUUUAUGAUAUAAAAGAAUGUAACAUUACCAAAAAAUACAGUCAAUAUGAUCCAAAUACUAAACAUAUAUUACUAUGGACACCUUCAAAAAGAGCACCAUAUAAAUUCAUGGGUUUGGGACAAAAAGUAUUCAUAGAAAGAAAUUGCUCCUAUACGAACUGCUUCGUGGCCAAGCGGGAUAUUUUUAGCGAUUAUACUAAAUUCCACGCCAUCAUUUUUAUAAUGAGAGAAGUAAUUUACUAUCAAUCUUAUAAACUACCGAAAUUUAGACAACCCUAUCAGAAAUAUGUAUUCUCAAGCAUCGAAUCAUCUCAUAAUUACCCAGUUUGCUCUAACAUUUUGGACAGAUACUUCAAUUGGACCUGGAGCUUCAGACUGGAUUCAGAUUGUAGACUGGAAUACAUUGCGAUCCGAGAUGUGAACAACACGGUGAUAGGACCAAAUAAGGACAUGCAUUGGAUGAAAGUGGAGCAUAUGCAACCAGUCAGUCACGAGUUUCAGAACAGUUUGAAAACUAAAUCUAAAGCUGCAGCUUGGUUCGUUUCCAACUGUUUCACCAAAAGUCAUAGAGAAAGGUAUAUUACCAAACUCAAGUAUGAAUUAGCUGAAUAUAAUCAUACAGUUGAUACUUAUGGUAAUUGUGCUAACCACUCGUGCAGGUUUGGUAAUACCAUGUAUAGCAAUUGUAACUUAUCGUGUCCCAAAGAAGAGGAACGCUGUAUGGAGAUGAUCAGAUCGGACUAUUAUUUCUAUUUAUCCUUUGAGAACUCUUUCAAUGAGGACUAUGUUACUGAAAAGUUAUUGCAUGCACUCAAAAAUAAUGCUAUCCCGAUCGUUUAUGGAAAAGCGAACUAUACGAGGUUUAUGCCAGACGGAAUCUAUAUAAAUGCAAUGGAACUGCGGCCUAAGGAACUCGCAAAAAAGAUGGACGAAUUAAUAAGAGAUCACAAGAAAUACGCGAACUAUUUCAAAUGGCAGAAUCACUAUUCUUACCACAGCAGAAACGAGAGCGCAGAAACAGAUGAUUUCUGCGCUUUCUGCAAAUUGUUAAAUGACGAAGAAAAGUUUAAAAAGAAAUCAGUAAUUGGUAAUUUUAGAAAAUGGUGGGACUCUCCUGACUAUUGUCGAAAAGAUAAUAUAAAUGCGGUGGCAUUAGAAUAGCAUCUUUGUGUUUUUUUUUUCGU